AUGAAUAAUAAUAAUAAUAAUAAUAAUAAUAAUAAUAAUAAUAAUAAUAGAUGUUAUCUUGAAUAUAAAAAGAUACCAACUAUACUAUUACUUCAAAUCAUUAGUCACUUGAAUAACAUUGAUAUAAUAUGUUUGCUGUUGACUUGUAGAUCAUAUUAUUAUGAUUUAAAAGAUCAGUAUUCAUCUUCUAUUGCAUUUAAAUGGUCGUUUAAUAGAGUAGACACUAGAUUCUCUAGUGAAGAACCUUUGAUUGUGGCCAACAGACCAAACAAACUCAAAGGGUUCAUCAGUCUCUAUGAAAAUGAAAUCGGUGAUUGCAGUCAACCAGUAGAGUUUCGAGGAUCUUUCACUGUCAAUCAUAAUGGUAGUGUAGAUGAUGAUCUAAAUCAAAAACAAUCAAAUGACAGUCAUACCACCACUGUAUUGUCGCACACACGUGAUGGUCGUCCUAUAGUCAUGUCGACAGAUAUCGCCAACAUGCCAUUGACAACCUCUCUCACCAUUCAUGCAAUCGUUCAAUCAGAUGUUGAUGAUGUUGCCACAUCUAGGCUACCCCAUCUAAAAGAAUUACAAUUGUUGGGAGACUACACCUUAUCAAUGAUGAGGUUGUGCAUCAAAAACCUUCCAGACAGUCUCCGACAUUUACAUAUUCAACGUAUCAACUUUCAAGAAUUACAUGUCCCCCAAUCCCUUGAAUCUCUUCAUUUCAAUCCUGAACAUACUCUCGAUUCCUAUAAUCUCAAUCAGAUCAAGGGAUUGUCGACCAGCUCAAUCAAAUCACUCGAUAUUUCAUCAUUUAACAUGGUUCGUGACCUCGCCACUGUAUUCCCACCGACAUUGGCUAGUCUCACUAUCAAAUUAGUUGAACACCCAAGUGUGGAUGACCUCAUAUUCCCAUCGUCUCUAAUCACACUAUCAAUCACUUCUUUGAGUAGAACAACCACCACCUUUGGAGUGAACCUGGAAAACCUUACAUCACUUGAGAAUCUAACGAUUAGAGUUCCAAAUACAAUGGAUAAAAAGGAUAUUUCAAUCAUUCUUCCACCGACCAACAACAGUCGACUCAAAAGUCUAGACAUUAGAAAGACAAAUAUAACAUUGUCAAUCAAUGCUUUACCAAUUUGUAUUGAAACAGUAAGGUGUCAAGAUAUUUCACAAAUCGAUCUUGGAACGACGAGCAAGGAAGAAACAAAAACAAAUUGUCUACCAAAUCUAAAGAAGUUUUCUGGUAGGAUGGAGUCUUGGAACAACAUAGAUACACUAUCAACCAAUUUAUACAAAUUCUCAACCGUGUAUCAUCAAACGUUAGUACCAGACGAUUCAUCUGUCCUCCACUCGGUUAGAAAACUGAACCUUAUGAUUCCACUCGAUUCCGCCAAAAAUCCAUCACAAACUGAACCAACCCUUCCACAUAGCUUGACAUCUUUAAAAGCUAGUUCAUUCCAUGACAUGCGCAAGUUUUCAAAACCUCCUCUUGUCUUUCCAGCCACUUUGGUGUCACUCAACUAUAUUAGUCUAUCUUUUACCCAAACUGUCUAUAUUCCAGUAUCGCUUGAAUAUUUGGGAGUUAAAGCAGGUUUGAAAAAGACUUAUAAUGCUAUGGGUGGUGAAUUCAUCCUCCCAAAAUUUAUCAUUCUAAAUAAUCAAAAUAGCAGUAAUAAUAAUAGUAUUAAUAAUAAUAAUAAUAAUGAACGACCCACAACAACACAAUUAGAUGUAAACAAAUAUUAUUAUCUACCACCAAGUUUAAAAAGAUUAGAUAUUUCGAUGGAUACACAUUGUCCAAUACAAAUCAGUGAAAUCAUCUUUCAAACAAAUGUCGAGCAUUUGAAACUAUUGACAAAAUUAAAUAAUACAAGAGACUUGGAAUUUGAUUUUAAGAUUAGAAGAUUGGGUGAUGACAAGGUUUUAAUCAUCCAGGACAACUCUGCUUGUGGUGGAAUCAUCAAACAAAAAUAUACUUUGGAUGUGAACAACAACAACAAAAUAUAUUCAAAUUGCUAUAUCAAGUUAAACGAAAAUAGACAUGUAGAAAUAUUCACCCAACCAUUGAUUGUCUAUAGUUGA